AUGUUGCCCCUCCAGUCAAUCGAGGCGUCACCCCCGUCCAACCAUGCCGACGAGAAUGGGGAAACCCGGCACCAGAAGCCCAAGGCGCUGCCGUGCAAAUAUUGUAGCAAGCGUUUCAGACGUGUGGAGCAUGUCCAGAGGCACGAAAGAACCCAUACCAAGGAAAAGCCCUUUGCUUGCGCAUGGCCUCGUUGCGGGAAGACGUUUGGGCGACGGGACCUACUUGUCCGCCAUGAGAAGCUUGUCCAUCUUAACGAAGGCGGCAGCAACAAGGAUGGCGGCAGGCCGCGGAAGCCCUCGUCGGCGGGCAUGGCUCCCGGCGGCCCGCCCGAGAGCCAGGUUGACACCGAGAUGCUCGGUAUGCAGCAACAGCAGCAGCAGCUUCAGCAACAUCAACAGCAUCCACCGCAACAGCAACAGCAAAAGCCACGACCGGUGCACAACCAGUACCAGACAGACCCAGUGCAGCAAUCUGUAGUGGCAUCGCUUCCUCAAGACUCGCGCCUCGCCACACGAGCCCCUGCCUGCAACCUCGAUCUUCUCUCCGACGCCGCGACUCACCUUGCCUCGGGUGGAGAGGUCAACAACAUGCAACCGGCCAUGAUCCAAGGACUCGCACCACCUCCAACAGACUUGACGCCGGUCAAAGCCUACCACGAUGCGAUGCCGUACGGGGAUCGGCCGCGGGAUCAAGACCCGGGCGUGUUGGCCCCGGGUUACCCACCGCAACCCCCGCCCCCCGCCUUUGAUGAUUACAACCUCUUCCUCGACGACUACGCCACGUCCUCACAUUUCCUGCCACCAUCGCUUGAUGCCGAGCAAGGUUUCAGUAGUAUGUGGUCGCGACCUCCCGGCGCUGAAAUGGGACGGGGGCUGUCAAAACCUCCAUCGGCGUUUCCGUCUAGGUUUCCCUCCCUUGCUCCUGAUCUGCGGGAUCCGACUGGGGAGGCGCCAAGGAUGCAUGAGGACGGAACGCGAGCGCCGAUAUGGAGAAUAUCAGCCAUGGACCACUCUGUCAUCCGGAAUCGGCUGGAUGAGUUUUCCUCGGCCCUUCCUAACGAUUUUGUGUUUCCUUCGCGACACACGCUGAACAGGUUUCUCGAGGGUUAUAUAAGUGGCUUCCACGACAACCUUCCUUUCCUCCAUCUGCCUACUCUAUCCCCCACCGAUAUGUCGCCCGAGCUGCUGCUCGCAAUUCUGGCCGUUGGGGCGCAAUACCGUUUCGAAACGAAUCGCGGCCACGCUUUAUGGUAUGCCGCAAAGUCAGUAGCGCUUGAGCAGAUUCGACGCAGACACAGCCAUGAAGUCCACGGCUUGCUACCCACACCAGCCGCCUACAGCCCACAUUCGACCCGCCCAUCUCCGAGUUCUGGGUUCCGGCAUUCUUUUCCUUCCGUUCAUCAAGACCGCCCGAUGACACAAGACACUCAUCGGGAGCCCUAUUCCCCGAAUACGCCUCAGUCGCGACUCGAGACAAUCCAGGCCCUGCUCCUCCUGUUUUCUGUCGGUCUCUGGGGCGCGAAAGCGAUUCUUCAUGAGGCCUUGUCUUUGCAAAGUUUGCUUGCCCUCUUACUACGCGAAGAGGGGCUGGUCGCAGAGCCAAACCAGCAAACGACAGAUUGGGAGACCUGGGUUCGACUUGAAGCGAGCACAAGAACCAAGCUCGUUGCCUACUGCUUUUUUAACCUCUGCAGCAUCGCGUACAAUACGCCGCCGUUGCUCCUGACUUCAGAGGUCCACCUAUACCUGCCUAAUCCUUCUCGUCUCUGGAGCGCUGAAAGCGCCUGGCAGUGGCAGGAAGCUCGGCAGUCUUACCCCAACAUGGAAAUUUCACUUCAAGAUGCGUUUGCACAGCUCUUGCACCGCCCUUCGCAAUCACCCACGACUCCGCAUACAUCACUGAGCAACUACAUUCUCAUCCACGCCUUGAUUCAGCACAUCUUCCUGUUGAAGCAGACGUCCUUCUCCAGUAUGACACCAUUUGGGAUACAGAGGGGGUUGAAAAUGGAAGACGUGGAAGACAUCAACCAGGCGCUGCGCGCUUGGAGCGUCAAUUUCGAGCAGCACCGCCAGUUUCGGGCAAACGAGAUGGCGGCGCAUGGGGCCGCGGAGGGAUACACGGAAGGCGCUGUAGCGUUCAACUCGACAGCGCUGCUGAGGUUGGCCUACAUCAGGUUACACACCGACCUGAGCCCGAGCCGAAGCCUUGAGACACGGGAUCAUGUCAUGAUCGCACAGGCAUUUACCGACGCUCCGCUCCUGGUCCGGAGCGCGCGUCUCUGUCGCGCCGUGGUCCAGGCCAUCCACGCCCUGUCCAUGCUUGUCAAGAUGGGGGUGAAUUACGUGGCCAAAACCAAGUCGUUGGAGUGGAGCAUGCAACAUUCGUUGUGCAAUCUUGAGUGUGCCGUUCUCCUGUCAAAGUGGCUCCUCACCCUGGCGGCAAUCGGCCCGACAGAGCCGCCCCCAUCAGCCGAGGAGAAGAACCUCCUCGAAAUGGUGCGCCGCAUGCUUGAUGAGACCGAGUUUGCCGUUCCGAUCGACCCAUCGCUAGCGGGAUCAUCCAGCGGCCAUGGCCACGGCCACGGCCACCACCCGUCGCGGUCCAUGGACCUAUCUGCCACUGACAGCACGAAGCUCAGGCAACUAGCCUGUGCCGUGAUUCGGCUGUGGGCAGAAACAUUCAAGGGCACGCACAUCUUUGAGAUUGUGCGCAUUAUUGCAGCGGGGCUAGAGGGGUACGCGGACAUGAUGGAGAAGCCGAGGGAUAGGACGCCGCUAGGGAGGAUGGUCCCGAAUCAGGGGCUCAGUUGA